AUGAACCUGAUUCUAUUUUAUGUCGGUGCCGUGGGCGCCUGCACCGUCACGGUCACCCAGCCGCCUUACCUGGAGGUGGACUACACGCACGAGGCCACUGCCAUCGAGUGCACCUUCUCUCCCUCCGGAUGCCCCACCAAGCCCCCAGCUAGUCUGUGGUUCCGCUACAGCGCUCACCAGUCUGAGACCCUCUGCUGGGACGGGUGCCGCAGUGAGGCUGACAAGUUCAUCAUGCACGAGUCCCUGGCACAGAACCGCGUUUCCCUCACUGUAAACAGGGUGACUUUAAACGACAGUGCCAUUUACAUCUGUGGAAUAGCAUUUCCAAGUUCAAAGAAUGCGACAGCCAAGCAAACCGGAGGAGGUACCGUGUUGGUGGUAAGAGAACUGAAGCUUCUCAGCCCCGAGCUACGGAAUGCCCUGAUAGUGCUGCUGUCGCUGCUCUCCGUCUACGUCACUGUUGUGGGCGUGACCAUCACAGUCCUCACCAGAUCAAAAUUGAACACUUUAAGGAAUAAAGACCCAAAAGAAGAGUCACAAAAGAAGAGUGCUCGGCGGAUUUUUCAGGACAUUGCUCAAGAGCUUUACCAUAAGAGAUACGCGGAAACAAGCCAACCGCCUGAGAAAGACCACAACACUUAUGAAAACAGAAGGGCACACGACAACUAUGAAAGACCUUAG